GAGGUCAAUGGUAGUAGUAAGCGCAGGAGAAUAGAAACACUCGAACAGUAUGCUGUAACUGUGCGCAACAAAGUGGAAUUAACAGGAAAGUCUGAAGACUCAAAAUUUAUAUAUACGGUGUAACGCUUCAAGUAAUUGUUCAGAAAAAUGGGAGUACCUAAAUUUUACAGGUGGAUCAGUGAACGGUAUCCCUGUCUCAGUGAAGUUGUGAAAGAAUUUGAACUUCCAGAAUUUGACAACCUGUAUUUGGACAUGAAUGGCAUCAUCCAUACGUGUUCUCACCCAGAAGAUGAUAACCCACAUUUCAGAAUCACAGAAGAACAAAUUUUCAAGGAUAUCUGUCAUUACAUUGAGUUCCUCUUUCGCAUGAUCAAGCCUAGAAAAGUCUUUUUUAUGGCUGUUGAUGGAGUGGCUCCAAGGGCCAAGAUGAACCAACAAAGAGGCCGACGCUUCAGGUCAGCUCGUGAAGCUGAGGAGUUGAUCAAGAAGGCACAAGAAAGGGGAGAAACUUUGCCAGCAGAGAAAAGAUUUGAUUCCAACUGCAUCACACCAGGUACUCCUUUCAUGGUGCGCUUGCAAGAACACCUGAAGUACUUUGUGAUUGACAAAAUCUCAAAUGAUCCACUUUGGCAAGGUCCACAAGUCUAUCUUUCAGGCCAUGAGACUCCAGGGGAAGGGGAGCAUAAGGUUAUGGACUUUAUUCGUUAUUCACGAUCUCAACCGGGCUAUGACCCCAACACACGACACUGUCUUUAUGGCUUGGAUGCAGACUUGAUCAUGCUGGGUUUGACAUCACAUGAGCCACACUUUGCACUUUUGCGAGAGGAAGUGAAAUUUGGGGGAAGAAAAGACAAAAACAAAAGACCGGUCACUCCUGAGGAAACAACAUUUCAUCUGCUGCAUUUGUCUUUGUUGAGAGAGUACAUUGACUAUGAAUUUUCCUCCCUUCGGACCAAACUGCCAUUUGAAUACAACGUUGAGAACAUCAUUGAUGAUUGGAUCAUGAUGGGGUUUUUGGUGGGCAAUGAUUUUAUUCCUCACUUGCCACACUUACAUAUUCACCAUGAUGCUUUACCCAUGCUCUGGGACAAAUAUAAAGACGUUCUGAUUACCCUAGACGGCUACUUGAAUGAGGGUGGCCACCUAAAUUUGAAGCGCUUCCAAGUAUACGUAACAGCUCUUGCAAAAUUUGACAGGGAACACUUCAGUGAGCAGUUUGUAGACAUGAAAUACCUGGAGGGAAAAAGAGGUAGUGGUGGUGGUGCGGCAGCAGAAGGUGAUGCACACAGUAGCAAGAAGAUAAAGCAGAGUAGCAUCACAUGCAAGAAAAAAUCUGGUGAAGGUGCAGAGGCUUUGUCAUUGUUGGAGGAUCAGUUGGAAGCUGAUGGGAGCUGUGAUACUGACAGUGCCACUGAACAGUUGUCAGCUGACCUUCUGGCUGUUGACAUUGACAGCUCAGAUGAUGAUUUUGACACCUUCGAUGCUGAGUUUCGUGCCCAUAAAAGAGAUUACUACAUAACAAAAUUAGAGUAUGAAGAUGUUACACCGGAGGUGUUGAAAGAACAAGCUGCUGGUUAUGUGCAAGCAAUCCAGUGGAUCCUCCUGUACUAUUAUGAAGGGGUUCAAUCCUGGAACUGGUUCUACCCCCAUCACUAUGCACCUUACAUCAGUGACUUGCAUAACUUCAGCAAUUUGCAAAUUUCUUUUGAUAUGUCUGAGCCCUUCAAGCCAUUUGAACAGCUGAUGGCUGUCCUGCCUGCUGCUAGCAAAGAUCUCUUGCCUGAACCAUUGCAAGAGCUAAUGACUGCAGAGAACUCCCCUGUGGUAGACUAUUAUCCAGACAAAUUUAAGACUGACUUAAAUGGCAAGCAGCAGGAUUGGGAGGCUGUUGUCCUCAUUCCAUUUAUUGAUGAGGAGAAACUUCUUUCAGCCAUGCGUACAAGGGAACAUCUUUUAACAUCCGAAGAGCAGCGGCGAAACACGCAUGGACCAUGCUAUCUAUACCAGUACAUUUCAGAGCCACAGGGCUUGUAUCCCUCUUCCAUGCCAUCUUCGUUUCCUGAUGUGGCAGUCAGUCAUGCCAAGGUGUGUCACUUUUCCAAGUUUCACUUCUGUCUGGAGCCAAAUAAGAUCAAGAAAGGUCUCCUGCCUAAUGUUCUGAUGGAUGUCUAUUUUCCAGGCUUUCCCACCCUGAAAAAUAUACCCCAUGAAGCAUAUCUGGAGAAGGCUUCAGUAAAGGUCUUUCAGCAUAACAGUCGCGGCUUCAGCAUGAUGCUGCAGAUCAAAGACAUACCUGAGAGGAAACUUGAAGAUGUAGCUGAGGAACUGCUGGGCAAGUCAACUUUUGUAGGAUGGCCACAUCUUCAUGAAGCUAAAGUUCAUGCUGUGGCAGACGAGCAAUACAAGAUAGAAAUAGUUGAACACCAUAAGAAAGGAAGUCCGAUGGAAGUUCAAUGGAAGCGCCAUAUUGUUAGCCAGUCAGAGAGGGAGAUUCUGUACAAGCAGGCAAGCAGCAUUAAAGACAGAUAUCGAGAUCGAUUUGGUGUGGUGAUUGGCAACACAACAGUUCUUGUCUUUGCAUCCACUAUGACAGGAAGAAGGUAUGUGCACACCUCACAUGGACAAAUCACAGCAGAAAAACAGUUCAGCACACAUCAACAGCCUUAUGCUCUACAAGCAACCUGCAAGGAUGUGCUGGUCCAUGCUCCAGACGACAUGCAUUUCCGUACCCUUGAUGAGCUUUUCCCAGCCGGUGCACAAGUCUUUAUGCUUGGUAAUCCUAACUAUGGUUCUCAGGGAGAGGUCCAGGAAACAGACAUGAAGGAGGGUCGAGUGCGAGUACUGUUCACACUGUUUCUGGAGCCUGACAUGAGUGAAGUGGCAUAUUCAAGCCAGGAAGGACAGUACAUGCCAGCUUACAUUGCAGCCCAGCGAUCUGGCCUGAAUACACACCUUCUGUCUCGCAUUACGGGAACGAUCCUUACUGUACGUGGGGAUGGUGGCAACCCGGACUCACGUGCUAACAUUGGUCUCAAUCUGAAAUUCUCAAAGCGAGGUGAAGAACUUCCAGGGUACACAAAGAAAACAGAAGAUAGAUGGAUGUAUUCUGAGAAGGCUGUGGAGACAGUUGGUGCAUACUUGGAAGAGUUUUCUGAGUUAUGGGACUACAUUGCCCAAUCCCAGACAGGCAGCAGUGAUUUGUAUACUGAAGUAGAGCUCUUCCCAGAAGGAAGCAAGAAGAGUCUGAAGGAUGUUCUGAAAUACCUUGAGCAAUUGCCCUGCCGAUCUGUGCAGCCGAUAAAGUCAGGAGCCCAGAUUCUGGAGGAAGCAACAGUACAGAUCAUUGAGAAAACUGUGGAUAGCUUGAAGCAGAAGCAAAAGCAGAAGAAAGUGAAGAUGCUGGUGAAGCCACACCUAUUGUUUCGACCCUUGCCCAACCAAGGCUCCUUGGAGCCAGACCCUGGCACAAAUUACCAGCUGUAUGACCGAGUGGUGGUAGUGAAGGUGGGAUAUUCUGUGCCAUUUGGAUUGCGGGGAACCGUCAUUGGCAUUCAUCAGGGAGACAAACAGUCUGACAUCAGCUGUGACGUUGUCUUUGAUGAGGAGUUUGCUGGAGGAUUUCCCUUGAGAUGUUCCAAAAAUCGUGGCUACCGUGUCCCAGGUAUUGCAAUGCUAAAUCUUACCUAUGGAGAGCAUCGUAAGUAUAAACACUCCAGCCAACAGAAUCCUGCACAACAGGCUUGGCAGCAGAAACCUGCAUUCUUCAGUAGCCAUGGUAACAAGCAGCAGCAGCAGAUAGGAAGUUAUUCUGGGUUGCAGCAGCUACAGAGUCAGGCAAGAGCAAGCUCACUUCAGAGAUCAGCAUUCAAUGGAUACCCAUCCCAGAACCAGCCACAGUUUGUCAUGCCCAAAGUCAGUGGACAGAAACCAGGUCUUCUGGUAAAGUCUCCUCAGAUACUCACAGGAAAACCUCCUGUGGUCAAGCAGCAGAGCAGUGUUGAAGACAAUGAGUUUGCCAACAUGUGGAAGGUUCUCCAAAAUGCAAGAACUUCUGGAGAAACCCAGACUGUUGGAGGCAAGUUUUCUUCGUCUGAAUCAGUGAUGUCAAACACAAGCCCAAGGUCGUCAAAGCCUCAUUCAGAGACAGAUAAUGCAAAAUCGGAAAUGCCAAACACAGGACUUUCAAAUGUGUCGCUCCAGUCAGCAGCUCAAGCUUUGGGAAAGAUCCCUUUGCCAACUUUAGACUCGCUGGAAGAGGCAGAAACUAGCGCUGUUAAGAAUACCACAGCAGAUCCCACAACAGACCUCCUGGUGGAUCUGUCUGAUGGCACAGAAAGUAAAUCACAAGUUUGUACUGUGGUUGAUCAGACUAGUGCCUGCAGCAUUGUUCCUGCAGAUUCCCAUUGUAUUGAGCUGAAAGGCCUUGUGUCUGCAGUUGGUAGUGGUGGUGUCAAUGUGAUGCAGGGACAGACUCCUUCUGUGGCAGCUUUAUUUCAACAAGUGCAGAAGUCAUCAUCAGCAUUACCACCAUUGCCAUGGGAAUUUGCGCCACACCAAGUGCAGGAACUGCCUGCUGCUGUGGAUCAGAGUGCUGCACUGAAACAAAUGUUGAAGAUUGGCAUAAAGGAGACAACAACAGAAGUGCCUAUGUCCUCACACGCAGAAGACAACAACAAAAAGUCCUAUGGAAAACAGCUCUCAGUUCAGGAACUUUUUGAUGGUGCAAAGCAAGCCUCAACACAAUCAUCAGAAGCAGCUCUACCUGCAAAACCUCUCCACCAGGAGAUUCCUCAACAUCCACAUCAACAGCAUGCCCCAUCUCUGCAGCCAUUAUUAGCAACUCCACCACUUCUUGCUACUCCUUCAAGCCAGAACAGACCAAGGACCCAUGUCACAGAGCUGGCAUCCUUGAUGACUACUGCUGGUCAGGUGCCACCUACAUAUAACUUUAACUACAUUGCCAAACAGAAAGGCUACAUUGGCUAUGUGCGCUUCCUUGGUGGUGCAUGUUUUGAAGGGUCCCUCUGUCCUAGCAAAGAGGAGGCAGCAGAGAGUGCCGCCAGCAUGGCCAUGUUGCAUUUGAGAAACAACCUGCUCAGUCAUCUUGGACAACAGUGGAUCAGCCCACAGCGCAUUAUGCGCCCAUCUGCUGCUCCUCGUUUCUUCUCCCCAAAGUCUGCGUUCAGUCCUGUGCCUCCCAUGAUGCACCUUGGUCCUGGCAUGUUUCCCAAGGUUCCUCCCCCAGGAUUUCCAAGGGGCACAUUCCUGUCUCAACUACCGCCACCCCCACAUUCUAUCAACAGAGCUCAAAGGCCAUUCAUGAACCCACAGCAACCCAACUCUGUGUCUCCGUUUAACCAGGGGACCCAGUGGCCAACAGGUCAGUGCCAGCAACUGCAGGUCACCUUGGCUAGUGGGCAAUCCCACUCUGCAGUAGGAGCAAAUCAUUGUCUUCCUUCAGAGCCACAAUCCACAGCACAGGUUGAAACAGACAGAAAAACUGCUGGCCAGGAGGUGGGGACAUGUGAACAACAGGGUCAAGAACCUACAACCAGGAAAGCCUCCUCAUCAAAAACAUCUUCCACAGAAGCAUUCAUACCACUACAGGUUACCAAGAAACAAAGACGGAAAGAUGAUGCAGCGGAGAGAACAGAUUCCAGUAACAACUGUGAAACAGAUGCUACUGGUCUGUCCCCUUCCUACAUACCAAGGGAAGGGGCUUCUCGUUCUCAAAAAGCAGAUGGCUUAGUACAAGAUUCUGGCCUAGGCAGUGAAACACCAGGAGUUCCAAAUACUCCAGGCAGACACAAGAAAAACAGUGCAGGUGGAAGUGGGGGGAAAGCAGCCAUGGCUAAAGACAGGACACUCUCUGGGUCAGGAAAUAAACGCCGUUCUCGUAUUGCAGCCAAUUUCAAUUCUUCCAACUGAUCAUGUAGCAGCACAGCAGACCAAACAUGCUGUUUUGAUAUUCUACUCUUAAACAUAAACGGUGGGCAAAGUAGAAUGAAUUACUAGCUGCAAAUUUGAUGUGUAAACAUGGAAACCUAGUGAUAAGCACAUGUCGAGGGUCUUAAAUCUAAAUUAAGAUCCUGACUUUUGAUCAUUGGGUAGCUGGCUGAUUAAGAAAUAAAUAAGAUCUUCUGAUAGCCUCUCACUGACAACAGUGUAAAGUGUAUAAAUACCUUUCAAAUAUUUUUAUAAUGGGCACUAAGCAUGAAGUGCUCAUGCCUGGGAUGUCCUCUUAUGGGAGGGACACAUUCAUACAUCAGCCUUCAACAAGCUCGGAGAAAGUCAGGAGAGAGGAAUUAACUAUUUUACUGCAUUUUGUCUCAAAACUGAAGAUUAAAUGAAUGGAAGAUUAAUGGAAAAUGUAAAUAUGUCAUGUAUGUCUCUUUAAAUUUAGUUUUUACAAUGUGUCGUGUAUGUCUCUUAAACAAGUUUAAAUUUAGUUCUUACAUUUAAUGUAUGUCUUUUAACAGAGUUUAACAUGUCAGGAGGAUGUACACUAUAUCAGUUGUUUCACAAAAUUUGAAAUUUAUAUCUUGCAAAAUGUGACAAAAACAUGUUAAAAGGGUUAUUCUGUGACAGAAAAAAUUAUGCAAAGGGGACUUUAUGACAGACUGUUCAGAUUCUUAAAGGCCCUGUGUGGAUAGUUUUGAUGAAUCAUUUGCUGGACAUAAAUAACCAGCAAAUGAUGCUGUUUGUGAUAGGUUGUUACACAUCUUACAAUAUUAAGUAGUUGGUUUAAAGGCUAAAUAAUAAGGUAAAUGACUGGGCCUUUUAUAAAAACUCUAUUUCCCUGUCUCCUUAUCGCAAACGUGAAAGAGGAAAUCAGUCAGUGAUACGACUUCUAAGUUAGUAAACAUUUCAACAUUCUUUUAUUUAAAAGAUUAUUACACAGUUCUGCCUGCAGCAGCUGGUGGUAACCAUGAUACAUUUAGUUGAGUAAGAUUAAUUUUUAGCUGGAUUACAUUGUUUUCACAUCAGGGUCAAGUUAUGAAACAACUACUGAAGCAGUGUAUGUAGUUUUCCUUCUGUCCAAAUGUGUUGUUGUAUGUACUUGUUUUUAAAAUUGUCAUCAAUGGCUUUAAAGUAUGACAUGCAGAGUUUUUUGCAUGCAGCUAUUGGAUUCCUGUUGUUGAAGGCUUAACACCCUUAUCAGAGGCUAAUCUGUUUUAUUAUUAAGAUCACUUUUUCAUCUUGCUUUUGUGUAAAAAGAUAUAAAGAUGGCAUAAACCCAAUAAAUAACUGUCACUGAUAAAACAGUGACAUAGCAUGCUUUA